GGACGCCCGACGCCACUCGCCACCGGCGCGUCCCCCAGGGACGGUGCCCUUGGGGCCUCGGACGCGACGGGCCGGACGAGCAAAGGAAACAUUCAAACUGGAAUUUUGUCAUUGCAUGUUAAUGAUGGAUCAGAAGUUGCAGAAUGCGAUUUGCUUCAGGUAACAGAGAUAGGAUAAUGGAUAGACCACCAUAAGACUCUGAUUUAGAAGAACAUAUUGCAUAUGAUAAGAUAUAACUGGAGAAAUUUACUUGGCUCUUAAUGUACCUGAAGAGAAGAAAUUGACUUUUUUUCUCAUAUAUCUGAGAUUUAUUUUGUCUGUUAUUUGAAUAAAAUCUUGAAAUGUUCACAAGUCAAGAUAAACUGAGCAAGAACUGAAACCUGUGUGUGGGUCAAGAUGACUUCUGAAGAAAUGACAGCUUCUGUUCUUAUACCUGUGUCUCAGAGAAAAGUGGUAUCUUCUCAGUCUGCUGUAGAUGAAAAUAGUGAAAAGGAUUCAGACAUUAGGGUUCCAAAGCAACACACUGUCAAUCAGAGCAGGCCAACUUCUCAUACCAUCUUACAGCUGAACAAGCUUAAAAAAGAAUCUUCUGGAAGCAACUUGCCCCAAAUUCUCUCACUGGCAGAAGAGAAAAUAAUGAGUGAUGAAAACAGUAAUGAAAACUGCUGGGAUCAAAGCAUGCCAGAUUCUGUGAAAAACCUUAAUAUUAACUGCAAUAAUAUAUUGAAAAACCAUCAGUGUGGCCUUCCUCAGAGCCAGUUUUAUGAAAGGUGUGAGCCUAUCCCAGAGGAGGGCAUGUGUUUAGAAACUGGAAUUCCUUCUUCCCUGGAAAGAAAGGUGUUCCCUGGAAUUCCACUGGAAAUUGAUGGACCUCCACUGGGCAUUAGUUCCUUAGGAAAUCAGUCAUCGAUUAUAAAGUCCAGUAGGACACACCCUGGCAGUGACAGGGCGGUCUUUCACUUUCAUUAUGAAGUGGACAGAAGAAUGUCAGACUCUUUCUGUGCACUUUCAGAUAACCUGAUUUUGGAUGAUUGUGGAAACUGUGUCCCACUGCCUGGUGUUACAGGGGAGCAAAAGAAUAAGCAUAUAGCAUACACUUGUGAAUUGAUGGAACUGGAAGAUAACUGUGACAAUAAAAAUGGGCAGCUGCAUUGUGACCAUUGUGACACCUCGACUGAUAAAUGUUUGUGCUGUGAAGGUUCCUGUGGCAAGACCCACAUCAUAUGUCCAAAUGACAACUUUUGCAGGCAGGACUUCCCUGAUGUUCCAUCUGCCAAAACCUUUAUAAACCAUCUUGAGGACUUCCCUGAUAAUUGCGAAGAUACAGAAGAAGACUUUUUUAAAAGCAAAAAGGAGCGUUCCACCUUGUUAGUGAGGAGAUUUUGUAAAAAUGACAGGGAAGUUAAGAAAUCUGUGUAUACUGGCACCAGGGCAAUUGUAAGGACCCUACCUUCUGGUCACAUUGGACUGGAAGCUUGGAGUUACAUUGAUCAGAAGAGAAAAGGCCUCUUAUUGCCUGGUAGGAGAAUAAUGGAACUUCUAUCAGCAGUGCUGAUUAGGCAAGAUGGAAGCCAGAGUCCAUCAGAAGCCCGUUGGUAUCCGAUCUACAAUGCAGUGAGAAGAGGAGAAAAAACAGAAGAUACAAUAGGAUCUCUUCUCCAUUUCUUCACAAAGCUUCCAGUCUCUGUGACAGCUUGUGAAAGGAUUAGUGUUGGUCCGUGCUUAAAGCAAUGUGUCCGGGACACUGUGUGUGAGUAUCGUGCUACUCUCCAAAGGACUUCCAUCUCUCAGUACAUCACCGGCUCUCUCCUAGAAGCGACCACAUCUUUAGGAGCAAGAAGUGGCCUUCUCAGUACUUUGGGAGGUUCCACCAGUCGAAAGAUGCUAAAAGAGCACCAGCCAGUCCCCUCUAUGGCUAACUCUAGUGCCCUCCCCUCAAGUUCAGCUGGGAUCAGCAAGGAACUGAUAGAUCUGCAGCCCCUCAUCCAAUUCCCAGAGGAAGUUGCCAGCAUCCUGAUGGAGCAGGAACAGAAUAUUUACCGAAGAGUCUUACCUGUUGACUACCUUUGCUUUUUGACCCGGGACUUGAGAUCUCCAGAAUGCCAGAGGUCCUUGCCCUGCCUCAAAGCGUCCAUCUCAGCAUCCAUUCUUACCUCCCAGAAUGGUGAACACAAUGCCCUUGAGGAUCUUGUCAUGCGAUUUAAUGAGGUGAGUUCCUGGGUUACGUGGCUGAUCCUCACAGCGGGCUCCAUGGAGGAAAAGAGGGAAGUUUUCUCAUAUCUGGUGCACGUGGCCAAAUGUUGCUGGAAUAUGGGCAACUAUAAUGCUGUCAUGGAGUUCUUGGCUGGCCUCAGGUCUCGAAAAGUUUUAAAAAUGUGGCAGUUUAUGGACCAGUCUGACCUGGAGACCAUGAGGAGUCUGAAGGACGCCAUGGCCCAGCAUGAAUCCUCCUGCGAGUACAGGAAGGUGGUGACCCGGGCGCUGCACAUCCCCGGGUGUAAGGUGGUUCCAUUCUGUGGUGUGUUUCUGAAGGAGCUCUGUGAAGUACUUGAUGGUGCCUCUGGCCUCAUGAAGCUCUGCCCAAGGUACAAUUCCCAAGAGGAAGCACUAGAGUUUGUCGCGGAUUAUAGUGGACAAGAUAAUUUCUUACAACGAGUGGGACAAAAUGGCUUGAAAAAUUCAGAGAAGGAGUCGACAGUCAACAGCAUCUUUCAGAUCAUCCGGAGCUGCACUCGUAGUCUGGAGUCCGAGGAGGAAGACAGCCCCGGGGAGGGCAGUAGCUCUAGGAAGAAUUCCUUGAAAGAUAAAGCACGCUGGCAGUUUAUAAUUGGAGAUUUGUUGGAUUCUGAAAAUGACAUCUUUGAUCAGCACAAAGAUUGGGAUCCUCAUGGGUCAGAAGAGCCACAGAAAGCCUUUGACCAUGGGACAGAGCUCAUCCCAUGGUAUGUGCUGUCCAUCCGUGCUGAUGUGCACCAAUUCCUGCUACAGGGGGCCACGGUCAUUCACUAUGACCAGGACACACACCUGUCUGCCCGCUGCUUCCUCCAGCUUCAGCCUGACAACAGCACACUAACCUGGAUAAAGCCUACCACUGCCUCUUCAUUCAAUGCUAAACCUAAACUUGGAGCCCUUAGUAAUACAUCUGAGCCUGGCAAAUUCCCUUUACUGGGCAAUGCUGGAUUAAGCAGCCUCGCAGAGGGAGUCUUGGACCUGUUUUCGGUGAAGGCUGUGUACAUGGGGCACCCUGGUAUUGAUAUACACACUGUGUGUGUUCAGAACAAACUGGGAAGCAUGGUUCUCUCAGAGACUGGGGUCACACUGCUCUAUGGGCUUCAGACCACAGACAACAGAUUACUGCACUUUGUGGCACCAAAGCACACAGCUAAAAUGCUCUUCAGUGGAUUGUUGGAACUUACUAGAGCUGUGAGAAAGAUGAGGAAGUUCCCCGACCAACGACAGCAGUGGCUGAGGAAACAGUAUGUCAGCCUCUAUCAGGAGGAUGGACGGUAUGAAGGUCCAACUCUGGCUCAUGCUGUGGAGUUAUUUGGUGGCAGACGAUGGAGUACUCGAAACCCCAGCCCUGGGACAUCAGCAAAGAGUGCUGAGAAGCCAAACAUGCAGAGAAACAACACUUUGGGCAUAAGCACCACCAAGAAAAAAAAGAAAAUGCUUAUGAGGGGUGAGAGUGGAGAGGCAACUGAUGAUGAGACGGCCACCAGAAAGGUCAAAAUACACAAAGAGUGUCGGAGCCGCAGUGGUUCUGACCCACAAGACAAUAAUGAACAAGAGGAAACAGAGGCAAAUGCCAUCACUGCCCCUCCCAACCCUCUCCCUUCCAGACGAGCGCACUCUUUGACCACGGCUGGCUCUCCUAACAUGGCUACCGGGACAUCAUCUCCCAUCAGGCCAGUGUCCUCCCCUGUGCUGUCUUCUUCAAACAAGAGUCCGUCCAGUGCUUGGAGCAGUAGCAGCUGGCAUGGGCGGAUCAAAGGAGGAAUGAAGGGCUUUCAGAGCUUCAUGGUUUCAGACAGCAACAUGAGUUUUGUUGAAUUUGUUGAGCUGUUCAAAUCAUUCAGUGUAAGAAGCCGCAAGGACCUGAAGGAUCUCUUUGACCUCUACGCCGUGCCGUGCAACAGAGCCAGCCCUGAGUCAACCGCACUCUACACCAACCUAACAAUUGAUGAAAAUACCAGUGAUCUCCAACCCGACCUCGAUUUGUUGACCAGAAAUGUCUCAGAUUUGGGAUUAUUCAUCAAGAGCAAACAGCAGCUGUCAGACAACCAGAGGCAGAUAUCCGAUGCCAUUGCUGCUGCAAGCAUUGUAACAAAUGGCACUGGGAUUGAGAGCACAUCUUUAGGCAUCUUUGGAGUUGGCAUACUCCAGCUUAAUGACUUCCUUGUGAAUUGCCAAGGGGAACAUUGCACAUAUGAUGAGAUCCUCAGCAUCAUCCAGAAGUUUGAGCCAAGCGUUAGCAUGUGUCAUCAGGGCCUAAUGUCAUUUGAAGGAUUUGCAAGGUUUCUGAUGGAUAAAGAUAAUUUUGCCUCAAAAAAUGAUGAGUCGCAGGAGAACAUGAAAGAAUUACAGCUGCCCCUCUCCUACUAUUACAUUGAAUCUUCACACAAUACCUACCUCACAGGCCAUCAGCUGAAAGGAGAAUCCUCAGUAGAACUCUACAGCCAGGUCCUCCUGCAAGGCUGUAGGAGCGUAGAGUUGGACUGCUGGGAUGGAGAUGAUGGGAUGCCUAUUAUUUAUCAUGGACACACACUGACAACAAAAAUUCCCUUCAAGGAAGUGGUUGAAGCCAUUGAUCGAAGUGCCUUCAUCAACUCUGACCUGCCCAUCAUCAUAUCAAUUGAGAACCACUGUUCAUUGCCUCAGCAACGUAAAAUGGCAGAAAUUUUUAAGACUGUUUUUGGAGAGAAACUGGUGACUAAAUUCUUGUUUGAGAGUGAUUUCUCAGAUGAUCCAAUGCUUCCCUCACCUGACCAACUUCGGAGGAAAGUGCUUCUUAAAAAUAAGAAGCUAAAAGCCCAUCAGACGCCUGUGGAUAUCUUAAAGCAGAAGGCUCAUCAGUUAGCGUCUAUGCAAGCUCAGGCUUAUAAUGGCGGGAGUGCCAACCCCCCACCUGCUAAUAAUGAAGAAGAGGAAGAGGAAGAGGAUGAAUAUGAUUAUGACUAUGAAUCUCUCUCUGAUGACAAUAUUCUAGAAGACAGACCUGAAAAUAAAUCAUGCAGUGACAAGCUCCAGUUUGAAUAUAAUGAAGAAAUACCCAAGAGGAUAAAGAAAGCAGAUAAUUCUGCUUGCAACAAAGGCAAGGUAUAUGACAUGGAACUGGGAGAAGAGUUUUAUCUUCCUCAAAAUAAAAAGGAAAGCAGACAGAUUGCACCAGAGCUUUCUGAUCUUGUCAUUUACUGCCAAGCAGUAAAAUUUCCAGGCCUGUCAACUCUAAAUGCAUCUGGCUCUAGCAGAGGAAAAGAAAGGAAAAGCAGGAAGUCCAUUUUUGGCAACAAUCCGGGCAGAAUGAGCCCUGGGGAGAUAGCAUCAUUUAACAAAACAUCUGGAAAAAGUUCCUAUGAAGGAAUGCGACAGGCCUGGGAGGAAUCCACUUCCCCCCUCAACCCAACCACGUCCCUCAGCGCUAUCAUUAGAACUCCCAAAUGUUACCAUAUCUCAUCACUGAAUGAAAAUGCCGCCAAACGUCUGUGUCGCAGGUAUUCUCAGAAACUGAUCCAGCACACCGCCUGCCAGCUGCUGAGGACAUACCCGGCUGCCACCCGCAUCGACUCGUCCAACCCCAACCCCCUCAUGUUCUGGCUCCAUGGGAUACAGCUCGUGGCACUCAACUACCAGACCGAUGACCUCCCUUUACAUUUGAAUGCUGCCAUGUUUGAGGCCAAUGGUGGCUGUGGUUAUGUUUUGAAACCCCCAGUUCUGUGGGACAGAAACUGUCCCAUGUACCAGAAGUUUUCUCCCUUGGAAAGAGACCUGGACAGCAUGGAGCCUGCCAUCUAUUCUUUAACUAUUGUUUCUGGUCAGAACGUGUGUCCAAGUAACAGCACGGGAAGCCCCUGCAUCGAAGUUGACGUCCUGGGCAUGCCUCUGGACAGCUGCCAUUUCCGCACCAAGCCCAUCCAUCGAAACACUCUGAACCCCAUGUGGAAUGAACAGUUUCUCUUCCGGGUUCACUUUGAAGAUCUGUUGUUUCUUCGUUUUGCAGUUGUGGAAAACAACAGCUCAGCAGUUACAGCUCAGAGAAUCAUCCCUGUCAAGGCUUUAAAACGAGGAUACCGGCAUCUUCAACUGCGAAACCUCCACAAUGAAGUCUUGGAGAUCUCUAGCUUAUUUAUCAAUAGCAGAAGGAUGGAAGAAAACGCCUCUGGCAGUACUGUGCCUGCCUCUUUGAUGUUUAAUACAGAAGAAAGAAAGUGUUUGCAGGCUCAUAGAGUCACAGUGCAUGGGGUCCCAGGUCCAGAGCCUUUCACUGUGUUCUGUAUAAAUGGAAGCACCAAGGCAAAGCAGCUACUCCAGCAGAUUCUAACCACUGAACAUGACAGUAGACCUAUUGUCACAGACUAUUUUUUGAUGGAAGAAAAAUACUUUAUAUCUAAAGAAAAGAAUGAAUGUAGGAAACAGCCAUUCCAGAGAGUCAUCGGUCCAGAAGAAGAGAUCAUGCAGAUUUUAAGCAGCUGGUUUCCGGAAGAGGGAUAUGUUGGCAGAAUUGUCCUAACCCAGCAAGAAAAUGUAGAUGAAAGGAGCAUCACCCAAGAUGACAAGGAGGUGAUCUUGAGCUCGGAGGAAGAGAGCUUCUUUGUCCAAGUGCACGAUGUUUCUCCAGAGCAACCUCGAACAGUCAUCAAAGCCCCUCGAGUCAGUACCGCACAGGAUGUCAUUCAGCAGACUUUAUGCAAAGCUAAAUAUUCUUAUAGCAUUCUGAGCAACCCCAACCCAAGUGAUUAUGUACUUUUGGAAGAGGUGGUGAAAGAUGCUACCAGCAAGAAGACUUCUGCCCCAAAGUCCUCCCAGAGGGUCCUUUUGGAUCAGGAGUGUGUGUUUCAAGCCCAAAGCAAAUGGAAAGGUGCAGGGAAAUUCAUCCUUAAGCUAAAGGAACAAGUACAGGCAUCCCGAGAGGACAAAAGAAAAGGCAUUUCUUUUGCAAGUGAACUCAAGAAGCUCACCAAGUCGACCAAACAGCCCCGUGGACUCCCGCCCCCUUUGCAGGCAUCAGCCUCAGAAAGUGGCCAAAAUAAGGAGGAGAAACCUGCGGGCAGCUUGUCUCCCACUGACCUGAUAGACUCUCGACAGUGACCCGGCAAUGCAGGCUUCACCCAGGUGAAGAUCUUUUUGCCAAGUCGAAAUAACAUCAAGAAUGAACAUGAUGGAAACCAGUAUCAUUUCCAUAUUUUCUUUGCUUAAACUGGAAACUACAUAUUUUGGACUGACGCCUUCUUCACACAUGAUGUAGUUUAUGGUGAGAAAAAGCUAACUGGCAAUGGACCCCCAUCCCACUACUAGUGAAGGAAAAAAAGAAACCCUGGAGACAGCUAUUGAGCAAAGUAGCUGUAAAAUAUCAUUGCUAAGCAUGCAAAAUUGACUUAAAACAUGCGUUGACAAAACCUUGUUUGUAAAUGGCCAGAUAAUAAUUAUUUUAGACUUUCUGGACUUUAGAUUAUCUGUUGAAGCUACUCAGCACUGUUGUUUUAUUGCAAAAGUAGCUAUAGGUAAUACAUGACAGUGUGGCUACAUUCCAAUACAACCGGUCACCAACACUGAAAUUGGAAUUUCAUGUAAUAUACACAUCACCUAUAUUCUUUGAUUUUUUUUUCUUAAUAUGAGAAUUAUUCCUCAAGAACCAUCCUAAAUACAGGUGGCUGGUGGGAUUUGGGUCCAAGGCCCAUACUUUGCUGACCCAAUUUAGAAAACUGGGAGCAGAACACAUAGGCAUGGAGCUAGUCCAGGCAUACAUUUAUGGCUGAGAAUUGGAAGCCUCUGGCCACUGGGCAUUGCGAAUGUAAAUACUUCCUAUGACAUGUCAUUAAAAAGUAAUCAAUUUAGUUUCUAUACGUGUACCAUAGUCUACUCUGCUUUAAAUUUUCUUUUUCUAUAUAGAAUAUGUGGAUUUUUUAAAGUUUAUUGCUUAUAUCUUCACAGAUUAUUCCACUUUUGGUUUUCACAAAAUCAGUUUAGAAUGAUGUACAAUUUAAUAUAUACUGAGUUGGAAUGUCUUAACAAGGAAUUUAAACUUUUUUUUAAAGCAAACCUCGAUUGAGUUGGUGUUUAAAUUUAUUUAUUUUGCAAAGUUUGUACUGACACUGUACUUAUAUUAUUUAUUAUACAUAGCUUUCUUGAUUUGCUUGUGGAUUAGAAGUAUUAGUGAUUCUAUUUGCAGACUAAUCUUCUAAAAAGAAAAUUAAGUUCUUAAUAAAUGAAAGAGCAGAACUUUA